AUGCCUUCCAAGUUUUCUAUGAAAUGGCAAGUCGUUGACAUACUUAGCUACCCAGUGCCUCACCACAUCUACGACGCGCACGUCUAUCCACGGAAAUCGUCCAAUGGCUCCAUUGUCAUUGUGUACGGGAAUGAAUCGGGGCUACGAGUAGUCUGGUAUGCCGGAAGGAAGUUCAAACCACCAGCGUCUACCGCUCCGAAGGUCAAUGGCCAUGGCAAGGAUGACCCCAUGGUGAUCGACCUCGAGAGCGACGAUGAUGCGCCAGAACCUUCGAAGAAAGUCGAGUUUGAGGAAGAGGUGGACGAAAUUGAUCCAUCCGCACCAUACUACGGCGUGCUUAGAAGUCUUGAUAUUCCCCUCGGAAGCGCAGCGCUACAGUUAGCUGUACCUAAUGCGCACGAAGAAGUCUCAGACUCUCUACCAACAAUAUUGCGAGACCAUAUCGUCGUGACAGCAGCAUGUGCCGACUACACUAUCCGCGCAGUCGUCGUCCCUCUGGAUCCUCCCUCGCCAGACAUAACAGACUCGUCCAAAUGUGUGUUACAGGUCCUGAAACUGCCAAUUGCCAGUGCUCACCAAGAGCUCAUCUCCAGCAUUGCCAUUACUUGUACUACGGAAGGGGAAGAUGAUUCGGAAGAGCAGUUGCCAGAUACUCAAGCACUAAAAUGGUCCUUCCUGGUGGCCUCGACAUCUGCUUCCGGAUCAGGCUUGCUAGUUGUGCACCAGAUCUUCGUAAAGGGCAACAAGUUGACGGAUGCUAGCCUUCUGAGACGCGCCACCCUUAGGUCUCCGAUGAUGACAGCGAAAAUUGCCUUCAAUAACGCACUACCUCCUGCAGAGAGACAUUCGACACUGCUUGUUACGAUUCCGGACAGUCCUUGCGUGAAAGUCUACCAGGUUUUCCCACCAAAAGUUCGGCACCGCCGUGGCUCAGCUGCGACGACGGACUCCGCCUCCACUUCAAGAUCAGUCACAUCAGCCAGCGCAGGCGGGAAGUUUCUUGUCACCCUGUUACCAGAAUUCCAGACAUCGCGCAAGGACGAGGUAGUCAGGCGGAAACGUGUGCUUGAUGCGAAGUGGAUCUCUGCUGGUCGAGCUGUUGUUGCACUGCUCGAAGACAAUGAAUGGGGCAUCUGGGAUCUAGAAGCUGCCGGCCCUGCUGCAAACGAAGGUGUCAUCCGAGGACAAAAUAACAUUACCGGCAUCGUUGGUGGUGGCUGGACCAAAUUCGCAGUUAAAGGGGCGUUCAGCGCGAAGACAAAGGGCCCAAAAGACAAGCAGGACGCCCGAUUGAAAGAUCAAGAAGACCUACACCGAGCAUCAUUCGGCACGAUUUGUGUGAGUCCGGUGGCAGGCCGAAGAAAUGACGACUCAGUGGUACUCCGGACCGACAAUCAAGCUCAAUUUAUUUCGUCGAUUGCAACAUACUGGAAGUCACGCGCCACCGGCAAGGGCGCUCUCCAACCCUACGAUCGUGCAACUAUCCUGCCAAAUUUGCGAGCUGGUGGCGAGGAUAUCACCAGCAUUGCUAUCCUUCCAGAACUUCCGAACGAGUAUCGUCCAGCUUCAUUCGAUGUCCAAUCUACACCCAACUUUCUCAUCUCCACAAGUUCCAGAUUGAUUCUUCACGUAGCUCCUUUGGCGGAGCCAGAGCAGUUCAAAGAGGAGGAAGAGACCAACGCGUACUCUGGCGAACAAACUCUGCUGGAGUCCGGAAACCUCGACCUCGAUGGCGUUGAUCGAUAUCUCGAAGACAUGCAAAAAUCACAGACGGCACCUCAGCAGACUUUCCAGCCUCAAGCCAGAGCAAGACCCAAUUUUGGUUCCAGUAUGAUGCUAGAAGAUGAUGUCGACAUGGGGAUGGAUUCGCCAACUCCCACGAAGGUCUCGCAGUUUGCGCUGGCACCCAAGUCCGUCACGAAGAACAACCCUCGCAGACUCUUCUCUUGA